GGACGGGCGCGAUAGUGGGGUGGUUUCGGUAGGGGGAGGAGGGAAGGAAGCCCUAGGCGGGCAGUGGGUGCCGCAGUAUUGGGUGGGUCAGACUUCGUAGGAGUAAGCGUUUCAUGCGUUUGCUCCUCAAUCUAUGAAUUUUUCGGUGUGUUUGUGAUCGAUUGUGUUUAAUAACAAACAUUCGGUGUUUUCAGUCGAUUCGGACGAGAGAUGCUGUCAUGUCUUUACGCAGAUUGUGUACAUUUAACAACGUGGAUCUGAGGCCUCCGGAGUGAGGUAAAUAUCCGAUAAAAUGGAAGUGGCGAUGCCUAUGUCGGGCAGCGCCAUCGACUGCUAUGAGGACAUGUUCAAAGAGAUCACCCGAAAGUUGUACGGCGAGGACGGUCUACCGGACCUCAGCUCCGCCGAUCGCGGCCCAUCGAACCAAGAACGAGGCUUAACACCGAUCGAUUACGACGUCGAUAAUCCGAUAUUGAAACCCGACGAUCAUUUGACGGCCUUCGGCUUGGCGGCGCUGAUGCAAAACGGUUUUCCGCCGAGCGGCAUACUGAAUCCCAAUUUUCCGGUGCACAAGCCGUCGAACGCGGCGAAUUUGGUGUUCGAAGAUAAGUGGAUCAACAGCGAAGAAUGCCUGCAGUGGACGCAGUCCAAGAUCGCCUCGUACAAUCCGUCGCAGAAAUUGUUCCGGUGCACUGAAUGCGAUUGCGUCGGUUAUCUCUUGAGAGUCGCCGAACAUUGGUUGGGCACACAUUCCAGCGUGAGGGCCUUCCGUUGUCCUCAGUGUCCAUACGAAAGUGCCUGGGCCAGGUGUGUGAGAAUACACUUGAAUAGACAACACAACAUCAACACGGACGAAUCCUGCGAUACAUUCACCAAAGAUAAUCCGGUGUUACAGGAGAUCAUAAAGUACAUGCAAAAGUUGAAGAACAAGUUGGAGAAUAAUUGCAACAAAACAUCGAGCGCAGUACAAAAUGAGGACUUUCAAAACCAGUCUAUCAGCAACAACGCUUCCUCGAACAUUUCCGGAGUUUCCCAGAUAAUGGGGAACUCCAGUAGCGCUACCAGCACGGAACAAACCGCCACCACGAAACGCUACAGUUGUACUUUCUGCCCUUACGCCACAGACAGAAGAGAUUUAUUUACGAGGCACGAAAACAUCCACAGAGAGGAAAAACCGUUCCAAUGCUACGUUUGCCAGAAGCAAUUCAACCGAGCCGAUCACGUGAAGAAGCAUUUCCUGCGGAUGCACCGCGAUCACCCGUACGAUUUAAACCGAAUCCGAAGGCACCCGCCGAAGAACGCAUCGGGGAUGUCCUACUACCAAAAAUACAACUCCAACAACAACAUCACCAACCAAUCGAACGAUCUCUCCGCGAUAGGCUCUCUCUCCAUACCGGGUUUCAACAACAUGAAUCGCACGACGCAGAUGAACCAGCGCGUGCAACAACAGCCGCAACAACAGCAACCGCCGGACCUGAAAUCGAGCGCGAAGCCGGGCAACCUGUCGCGGAACAGCGCCAAGAAGAAAGGAGAGAAGCGGUUCACUUGCUGCUAUUGCUCGUGGUCGGGAGUCGACAAUUGGUGCCUUAAGAGACAUAUGAACACGCAUUUGAAGCCGUUCGUGUGCGGUCUGUGCGAUUACAAAGCGGCGAGAUCGGAGAGACUGGCCACCCACGUUCUGAAAGUGCACAAUAAGAGAGCCUGCAGCAAGUGCAGCUAUUUGGCCGACGACCUGGCGCAAUUGACUGUGCACCAACAGGAGCAGCAUCCUUUAGAACAAAGAAAUAGAACGAGUAAUAACAAUAUUUUACGAACUAAUACGUUUAAUAAUGGUAGUGCUUCCACGUCAACGUCUAAUUCGAUUACCAACGCGAAUCCGGUACCUUGCAGCAGCCAAACGCAGCUGCUGAAGAGCCACGACUUGAGCACGGCGGCCGCUUUGAUCCAGCAAACGAACCGGUUCCUCCAGACCGAUCCGAAGGCCUGGAAGCACCCGAUGCCCAAGCAGCACGGUGCCGCCCGGCUGUUCAGCUACCUCGAGGCGAGCGACGGCUCCGAUCCGGAGACGGAGCCGCGCUCGGCGGCCGAGGACAUGAGCAGGUUGAACCUGAGCCACAGGAUCCAGUCGGAUUUUCCUGAGGCGGGAGAUGUUGGCAAUCAGGCUGACGACGAACCCGGCGAGGAAGUCGAGCUUCCCCUGUUCGUCUGUCACACGUGCGGUUGCGAGUUUGAAGACGACCUAUCGCUAGAAACCCACCAGUUGACGCACAACGCAGCAUCUCCCGCUAAAUUCAAGGAUUCGAAAGAAGGCGAUUUUGAAUUCAAAUAUACAUGCAAAGUGUGCGGUGCGGGCUACGAUGUCCAGAACCACAUCAUCGCUCAUAUGACUAUUCACAAUGUGCUCGGAUUGAAGUUCUCCAGUCCGUCGCCACCGCCGCCUAGAACCAAACCGAGGAAGCAGCACCAGCCGAAGAAGGUCUAUUUGCCUUGCUGGGAUCCGGAGGAGGUCGAGGUAUUGGGACACCUCACGGGCAAGCUCAGACGAUGGAAGGGAGCGCUGUCGUCGACCAACACGGGCAUUAACCGGUUGAUAGACAAAUACAUGGCUCGCUUGGUCACUCGAUUGGGUCUGUCGUGCAAUCUAUGCAGAAACUUGAACGUCAGCAGGUACCAUACCAAAGGCACGCUGGCCUUGCACCGCUACUGGAGACACAGCAGGAAAAAAUUCAAAUGCGAACAUUGUGAUAUGGUCUUCUUGCAUCGAUACCAAACCGUGCUGCACAGCAGCCGCGUGCAUACGAACCGCUUUCAAAAAUCUCAAUUCGUGCCUACGGUGCUUCCUCCCAAAGAACCAACGCCAUUAGCACUUAGUGCUGAACCCGUGUGUUCUUCACAGGACACCACCAUUUAUUUUAACAAUCCUCAUACUGUAUAUGUACCUGACGCAACUAUGUCAAAUGCACAUAAGCUGGGAAUGUCAUUCUUCGAUCAUUCCUUUAUGCAUCCGAACAAUUCCAUUAAUAACCAUAUGCCAAUUAUUAUACCGACGUUUCCACCAAAUUAAAUCGACGUAGAGAUAUAUUAGUGGUAUCUACAACAGCGCGCUGUUUAGUGUAUAAGACAAAUUAGGCUGAAGGGUGAUGGGGAAAUUAGCAAAUUGCUCUCUAAUUCCCGAUUUAUGUGUAAUUGUCAGGAGAAUGUGCGACACCUAAAUAAUAAACAUUUUGUUUUGAUGAAAGCCUUUGAAUAUUGUAAGACAGUGAGUAUAGGCAACCCAUUUCGCAAUUUUGUAUUUAUUUUCAGAAUGUAGGGGCAGUUUUUGACGAAAAUUGGGUAUGGGAAAUUCUCGCUGACUCAAAAAAUAAUUAAGAAAGUGACCUUGAACAUUUUCUUUGAAUUAGUUUUUGCUUUACCAAUUUGAAACGAGUUUUUGUUCGAUUGUACAGAUGCAUUGUAAAAUGUUGAAUGAAAGUUGAUAAUUUUUAUAUCUAUAUUCGUCCUUAGCAUUUUAUAAAAUCGAAAAGUGUGCAAUAUUCGUUCAUUUGAUUAUAUUUUGUAAUAUUGUAUGUAGAUAUGUAUAUUAGAAAUAUGCAACAUAUAUUUAUCAUUUUUAUAAAAUGAGUGAAUGAAAACUGGUUGUUGUGUUGGGAUCAAUUUUGUCGCAAGCUCAUCACAAAAUUUUAAUCUUAAAAUCCCAAUAUGUUGCGCAUUAUUAUUAGUGACCAUAUGCAAGAUUACAUUAAAAUAUUGAAUAUUAUAUUGCUUUUUCAUGACCACAAAAGUUGCAUUCUUUAGACAGAUUUAUUGCAGCAGUGUCAUCCCCGAAAUAAUAUUGCAUUAUUAGGGUCGGCCCCAGUAAUAUAUUGUGCAACAUAUUAUAAUACAAUUGUAUUGAAGAUAAUGUGGUAGCUUUAUAUUUGUUUUAAAAACGUUACUGUUAUUGUUUUAGUGAAAAAAUGCCUACCAAAAUUAGUUACAUUAUGUUGUAUAUUUCUAUUUAUGUAUAAUGGAAACCUAUGUACUGUGAAGACUGC